AUGCCUCCCCCGUUUCUGCAAAAGAAGCCCCUCGAAAAGUCUCAGCCUCUGUCAACUGAGGCUUUGCUCUUAGGCGAUGCUGAGGAUAGCAUCUCCUUCGAUUCUGAGGGCAACUUCAUCUUCAAUCGCAGGCGCACACAGGUGACGCAGCGGAUGACCAGUGGCUCAGCGCUGGCCGUUAUGCUUAAUUUGACGGAGGAAGGCCCCGACGCAUUCACGAUGUCGCUCUUCCGGGACGGCGAGCGGAUUACCAGGCCUCAGCCGAUCCCUGACGUUCUGAAGGGCAAGCCGCUGUUCCCCAUGAUUACCUUCAAGAACUUGACGGUGCAUGUGAACUUCGGCCCCGAGAGUUUGGCAGACAUGCCAUUCAAGUGCCGCAUGAUGAACGAUGCCGCAGAGGCAGAUGUGGCUCACAUCAAGUACCCACCGCAGAAAGACGGACGCCCAGAGGUGCUCUUCCCGGUGUUUUUGCCCGGAGAGGGCACUUUCCACUGGAUGGAUUGGUUUCUCACCGAGCAUCCCGAGUUCACGGAGAUCAGUGAUCGGAAGAUGGUGGAUGGCACUGUGAAGAAGUCGCUGCUGUCUGCUGCUGGCAUUCAGGGCCGCAACGUCGUGGUCCCUCUCGACUUGGUCGUGGAGAUCCAGUCCAACCUGGCAAAGCAGGCGGCCUUCCAAGCUCGGGCUAAGGAGCUUGGCCUUAAGGACGACAUCAUCCAGAAGCUGAAGGAUGGGAACAUCUCGACUUUCGGAAGCUUGGCAUUCGCUUCGCCGUACAAGAUUGGGCAGGCCGACGAAGCUCUCCUUGUGGACGCGCUGACGGCUAUCCUUGGCCGAGGGCCCACCGUGCAGGAGUUGCGGGACGACGGUGCUGCUGCUACGGACGGCAAGGAGGCCGCAGGAAAAGAGAAUGAAGCCCCGAAAGUUGAUGGCGAGAAGAAGGAUGGCGACGUGGAGAUGAAAGAGGCACCGAAGGAGGCGCCUACGAACGACGUCCCCCACGUGCAGGACGCCGAAGCCCAACCCACGAUGAUGCACUCCAACAUGAUGGAGAUGGAUGAGACCUUGGAAGACCCGCCCAUUGCCGAGCUCACCGAGCAGGAGCAAGGCAUCUGGUUCAUCCGAGAUCAAGUUCCGGACGUGUCGCCAUUCGUGAUGGGACCUUUGUUGUCCAACCUCUCUUUGCCAGAGAAGGAGGAAGGCUUUGAGGAGGUCACCUACGGCUGGUAUGGCGAGGCGGAGUCAAAAGACUACUUGAAGAACUGGGUGAAGGAUAAGAAGAUUGAGACGCGCCUCGAGGAUUUGGAGCCUUCGACCUGGUUCCGGGAAAGGUGGCAGACCUGGCAGACGGAAGUGCAGACAUGGCAGCGAAAGCAGGUGGAGUAUCGAGAGCGUCAGCAGAUGAUCGCCAUGCAGAAGGGCAUGACAGGCGAGAACGGCCACGCCGCGGGCGCGGAAGGUGGCGCCGCCGAGAAGGACGGUCAGCAGGCCGCCGAAGAGGAGGAUCCCGAGAUGAAAGAGGCGAUCGAAGAUUGCAAAGAUGUGCUGCAGCUCAUGCGCGAGGAGAUCGAGAUGCAGGAUACAGACGUCUUCAGUGUGGAAGACGUCUGUGAUGUGGGUGAGGGAAAGCCCCUGUUUGCCAACUUCGCCUACGAGGACUGGGCGAUGCUGAGCCUCAGGGCGGAGCUGAACAUGCUCAUCCAGUCAUUCCUGCACGACUGCGCGGAUCCGGACCGAAACGGGAUCCACCCGGAGUUCAUUCCCUUCUACUUCGGAAAGUACUUCCGCCGCAACUUCAGCCCGAAGUUCUACGGGGUCAACACCAUGGAAGAGCUGGUUGCCUUGAUCGACGACACCCUCAUCCUGCACGGCCGCGUUGUCGAGACUCAGAUUUCGACAGAGAUCGACACGAACGAAGUCUUUGUGGCCUUGACAGAGGACGCCAGGAGGAUCAGGCACCGGAAGCUCAACUCGGGCGACAUGACUGCCAACUUGCAGAUCAACAUCCCCCAAGAUGGCUAUGGACAGGGCUAUGGCUAUGGGAUGCAGAACAUGCAGAUGUACGGCAACCAGGGCUACGGCGGGCAAUGCUAUGGCAACAUGGGCGGCUGCUGCGGCAACAUGGGUGGUUGCUGUGGCAACAACUGUGGCUGCGGAUACAACAACAUGGGCGGCUGUUGCGGCAACAUGGGUGGCUGCUGCGGCGGAUGUAUGGACGGAUGUGGCCAAAAUGCUUGCGGCUGGGGCAACAACAUGUGCGGCAACUACAUGGAGGGCUGUGGCUGCAACAACAUGGGAGGCGGCUGUGGUGGAAACAAUAUGUACAACCAGCAGGGCGGCAACUGCGACACCUCCAUGGGCCAGGCGCAGGGCGCCGGCCAGCAAGCCGGCGAAGCCCACGCCCAAGGUGGUGCUGAUGGAAGCGCGCAGAUGUCAGAGCAGCAGCUGCUUCAGCAGCAGCAGAUGCAACAGCAGCAAAUGUACCAGCAGCAACAGCAGCAACAGCAAAUGCAGCAACAGCAAAUGCAGCAACAGCAAAUGCAGCAACAGCAACAGUACCAGCAGCAGCUGCAGUACCAGCAGCAGCUGCAGCAACAGCAGCUGCAGCAACAACAGCAAAUGCAGCAACAGCAACAGUACCAGCAGCAGCUGCAGUACCAGCAGCAGUUGCAACAGCAGCAAUUGCAGCUCCAGCAGCAGCAGGCGUAUAUGUAUCAGCAGCAGAUGGGCGGCGCGGGUGCUCCACCUCCGCCUCCCAGGUCCUGA